UCUGGGCGAACCAAUCAGGUCCCUCCCUGCCAUAGAUCGGUGCUAUAAUACAUAGCAGUAAAAGCGGUCUGCUCGCACAAGCGGCUGUAGCUCGACUACGCAGAGAUUCCGUGGCUAAUUUUCUCACUUUUUACCCACGCAGCAACGUCUUUCCUUCGAUGUGUUCCGUUAUUAUUUUAAAGAGGCGUUCAUUUCCGCACCUGCCACGGUAGUGAUCGGGGGGCACGGUAGCCUACAGACGAACUAGAGGAGGAGACAAGGACAUUGUGGAAGCAGCGGAGCGAGAGGCAGGAGAGACAUAGAAACCGCCGCCGGUUGACAACAUACUGACAGGCUCCGAGUAAUUUAGAUUUUAUGGACGAAAUGCUGCUGUUGACAAGAAUCGUUCUGGUCGGGUUGAUCUCCUUGUCCUUGGUGUCCUCUGGGAUGGGUUGUGGACCGGGCAGGGGCUACGGGAGGAGAAAACAUCCGAAGAAGCUGACACCUCUUGCGUACAAGCAGUUCAUCCCAAACGUCGCGGAGAAGACCCUAGGAGCCAGUGGCAGAUAUGAAGGGAAGAUCACACGGAACUCCGAGCGAUUUAAAGAACUGACUCCCAAUUACAAUACUGACAUUAUCUUUAAGGAUGAAGAGAACACCGGUGCGGACCGGCUCAUGACUCAGAGAUGUAAAGACAAGCUGAAUUCCCUGGCUAUCUCCGUCAUGAAUCAGUGGCCAGGGGUAAAGCUCCGCGUCACCGAGGGCUGGGACGAGGAUGGGCACCAUUUCGAAGAGUCCCUACACUACGAGGGAAGGGCAGUGGAUAUCACGACCUCCGAUAGAGACAAGAGCAAGUACGGCACGCUGUCCAGACUUGCAGUGGAGGCUGGAUUCGACUGGGUCUACUACGAGUCCAAGGCCCACAUCCACUGUUCUGUCAAAGCAGAAAACUCCGUUGCUGCCAAAUCAGGAGGCUGCUUCCCAGGCACCGCUUCGGUAACUCUCAAAGAUGGAAGCAGGAAGGCAGUGAAAGACCUCAGAGUUGGCGACAAAGUGCUGGCAGCCAACAGUGAUGGGAACCUCGCAUAUAGCGACUUCAUCAUGUUCGUGGACCAGGACUCCGCAACCAGAAGAGUGUUUUAUGUGCUAGAG